GGAUGCCUUUCUCACUUUCCUCUCUAUCCGCUGUGAAGCUCAGAGGGAGCAGAGCUCUGAUUUACGCGCCUGCCUCAGCACGGGUUUCAAAAUGAAACUGAAUAUACAGAAUAUACAGAAUAUAACUGAAUAAUAUGAAUAUACAGAAUAAAAGAACAAAUAAGAAAAAGUACAGCUUGUGGAUAAAAAAGAAGCAAAGACAAGAAGCAAGGAUGUAUUAUACUGAGAUAUUCUAAUGUCAGUGAUUCUGUAUCAUAGAACAAUUUCUGGGUGUAACCUGCUUUGGAUUGGAAAGAUUUUUAAAAAAAGGAACUGGGAGAAUCGCUCUGCAUAAGAACAUAAAAAAAGAGCAUGUGGAUUCUGGAAGAAACCUGUCUGGCCUACUUGUAUAUGCUCAGUUGGACUACACUUUCGUUUGACUUUCCAAUGCAUGACAAAAAGAUACAGUUCUUCUUCUGAUGCCCUUCCAGGUCCAAUGAAAAUGUCAACCAACCUCCAAACGCUUUCUUUGAUUGUAUUCUCAAGAGCCAUUCUGCUUUCACUAAGUGACUCAAACUAUGUUAGAAAGGAAAUCAAGAUAGAGGGAGACCUUGUUUUGGGUGGUCUGUUUCCCAUCCAUGAAAAAGGUGCAGGGAUGGAUGAAUGCGGACGAAUAAAUGAAGACAGAGGGAUUCAGCGUUUAGAGGCAAUGUUAUUUGCCAUUGAUGAAAUCAACAGAAACUCAUACUUACUCCCUGGGGUUGUGCUUGGUGUACACAUUCUGGACACAUGUUCACGGGAUACAUAUGCUUUGGAGCAGUCACUGGAAUUUGUCAGGGCAUCACUGACCAAAGUAGAUGAAACAGAGUACAUCUGCCCUGAUGGGUCAUACGCAAUCCAAGACAACAGCCCCUUAGUCAUAGCGGGUGUGAUUGGGGGAUCCUACAGCAGUGUUUCUAUACAGGUUGCCAACUUAUUGAGAUUGUUCCAGAUCCCUCAGAUAAGCUAUGCCUCUACUAGUGCAAAACUGAGUGAUAAAUCCAGGUAUGACUACUUUGCGAGGACAGUUCCACCUGAUUUUUACCAGGCCAAGGCAAUGGCUGAGAUCCUGAGGUUGUUCAAUUGGACAUAUGUCUCCACAGUGGCCUCUGAAGGUGAUUAUGGAGAGACGGGGAUUGAAGCUUUUGAACAAGAAGCAAGGCUUCGAAACAUCUGUAUUGCCACUUCAGAAAAAGUUGGUAGGUCCAAUGUUAAAAAGUCCUAUGAUACCGUAAUUCGAGAACUGCUGCAGAAACCUACCGCAAAAGUGGUUGUACUCUUCAUGCGCAGUGAUGAUGCAAAGGAGUUACUGGCUGCUGCCAAUAGGCUUAAUGCAUCCUUCACAUGGAUUGCCAGUGACGGAUGGGGAGCUCAGGAAAGCAUUGUCAAGGGCAAUGAGAAUGUGGCAAAUGGGGCAAUAACCUUAGAACUUGCCGCCAAUCCUGUUAAGGAAUUUGACAGAUAUUUUCAAACUCUUCACCCUAUGAACAACUUGCGUAACCCUUGGUUCAAGGAUUUCUGGGAACAGAAAUUUCAGUGUGCUUUACAAAACGGAAAUGGUCAGUUGAAAGCUUGUGAAAAACACAUGUCAAUCGACAGCACAAAUUAUGAACAGGAAUCGAAAAUCAUGUUUGUUAUCAAUGCUGUGUAUGCGAUGGCUCAUGCCUUACACAAGUUGCAGCGGACCUUGUGCUCCAAUACCACUAAGCUGUGUGAUGCCAUGAAACCCCUCGACGGGAAGAAACUAUACAAGGAUUACUUACUAAAAAUCAACUUCAGCGCCCCUUACUGGCCUCCUGAUGCAGACAACAUUGUGAAGUUUGACGCUUAUGGAGAUGGAAUUGGCCGCUAUAAUAUAUUUAAUUUCCAGAAAACUUCUGGAAAAUACUCCUAUGUAAAGGUUGGCCACUGGGCAGAGACCCUGUCCCUAGAAAAUGAACUGAUUCACUGGCCCAGAUACUCAGUCCCCACCUCCCAGUGCAGUGAGCCAUGUGCCAGAAACGAGAUGAAGAACAUGCAGGCAGGGGACUACUGCUGUUGGAUUUGUAUUCCCUGUGAGGCUUAUGAAUACCUAGCUGAUGAGUUCACGUGCAUGGCCUGCAACCCAGGCCAGUGGCCCUCCGAAGAUCUGAGAGGCUGCUAUGAUCUCCCUGAAGACUCUAUCAUGUGGGAGGAUGUCUGGGCCAUUGGACCCAUCAGCAUUGCCUGCGUUGGCUUCAUCUGCACCUUUAUGGUUUUGGCAGUCUUCAUCAAACAUGAUGACACACCACUGGUUAAAGCCUCAGGCCGUGAACUUUGCUACAUUUUACUAUUUGGUGUUUUUAUGUCCUACUGCAUGACUUUCUUCUUCAUCGCUAAGCCUUCUCCUGUGAUCUGCACCUUGCGUCGCCUAGGCCUUGGAACCUCCUUUGCUGUGUGCUAUUCGGCUCUUCUCACGAAAACAAAUCGCAUUGCCAGGAUAUUCAAUGGUGUGAAGGAGGGGACCCAGCGGCCCAAGUUUAUCAGUCCUAGUUCUCAAGUUUUUAUCUGCAUGAGCCUGAUCUCAGUCCAGAUUGUGUUGGUGUCUGUAUGGCUCAUGUUGGAAAUUCCUGGCACUAGAAGGUUUACUCUGCCUGAAAAGAGGGAGACUGUUAUAUUGAAAUGUAAUGUCAGAGACUCCAGUAUGUUAAUUUCAUUGACAUAUGACGUAGUGCUGGUAAUCCUGUGUACUGUGUAUGCCUUUAAGACCAGGAAGUGUCCUGAAAACUUUAAUGAGGCCAAAUUCAUUGGCUUUACAAUGUACACCACCUGCAUCAUCUGGCUGGCUUUCCUUCCUAUCUUUUAUGUGACCUCUAGUGAUUACAGGGUCCAGACCACUACCAUGUGCAUCUCUGUCAGCCUGAGUGGGUUUGUCGUCCUGGGCUGCAUGUUUGCUCCAAAGGUGCACAUCAUCAUGUUUCAGCCACAAAAGAACGUAACCAGUCAUAGACUACAUCUGAACAGAUUCAGUGUUAGUGGUACAGCCACCACAUACUCACAUUCAACUGUGAGUACUCAUUACGUCCCAACCAUCUGUAACGGGAGAGAAAUCGUGGACUCCACCACAUCAUCUCUGUGAGUACAUUACGUCCCAACCAUCUACAACGGGAGAGAAAUUGAGGACUCCACCACAUCAUCUCUGUGACUCGCAUUAAUCUGCCUGAUCUCACUUUCAAACUGUUAAGACUGUUAGAAAACAUAUGCACAGAUUGUGAAUUUCAAGCGGACUAGUAUCAUUUAUGUAGAAGUUGUGUAUUAAAUUAUUUAAAGUGGUGUACAUAUAACUGACAUUGUUGUAGAAACCUGUAUAGAAUGUUUUUAGCAUUUUAUGUUUUUGAUAGUUUUAUUAUACUGUGUAAAUAACCAUGAGUUGCUUUGUCAGUUUUACUUCGCGUUAAAGGAAUGAUCUAUUGCAAUUAGUUUUCCUCCCCUCUAAUUUUUUUAAUUUUUUUGUAAGCUUCCUUGAUGUAAUUGAUUUAGCAUUAUGUACAUGAGGUUCAUUACCAUAAAUUGGUAGUUUAAACAGCACAAAAUGACAGUAUUACAGAAAUAUACUAUUAAUAAAGAUUGAAUAGAUUAGUAUUCAACUAACAUGAUUUUUAAAAAAUAGGCUUUUUGUGUGAAAUAUUUUUUUUGCUACUUCAUGCUGAAUUUUAGUUGAUGCUUACAAGGUUCUAUAAACUUAUAAUUAAUAACCACAGGUAACAGUUUCAAGUGUAAAUGAAUCUCUAAUAAACACGUAAUCAUAAACUACAUAAGAAACUAAAUUACACAUGAUUAAUAAAAUGUGCAUUGUA